AUGUUUCCCUCUACCCAAAUCCACACCUUAGACUGUCACUGCAUUAAAUGUCACAACAGUCAUCAGAAAUCUUCUUAUGCUGCAAAGCGUACUGAGACUCGUCGUAAUAAGAGAGCUAGAGUUGAAGCCGCAAUGAGAAACAUGGAUGUAGAUACUGAGGUAAUCCCGACUUCUCGUUCCAAUUCUGUGGAAGCAAUGGACGGUCAGACCAACUCACCUUUUUUGGAUGCCGCCUCAAUGUUUGACAAUGACAGAGACGACAAUGAUUUCGAUGACAAUGUUGAAGAUGAAGUCAAUGAGAUCGAGAUUGAGGACUUCAACAGUGAAGACCCUUUUGCUGCUCCUGAUAUGCCCGAAAAUGAAGUCCAUCAAUUCAUAGCCAUCUUUACGGUACUAUUUGCUUCACGUCAUGUUGUUGAUAAGGGUGCUGCUGUCUUGAUUGAGUUUAUCAACAACCUGCUGAGAAUCUACGAUCAAGAUUUUCAAUUACCAACCAGUCUUGCCGGUUUACAAAAAAUGACAGGAUUUUCUGCUAUUACAAAAGGCAUCAAGAAAUUUGUGGUGUGCCAAGACUGUCAUACAUUGCAACGCCUUGGAUACUUUGAUCUAGUACGUGGAACGAUCAUUGAUCCCAUGCAUAAUCUUUUCCUGGGGACGUCUAAGAGAUUAAUGGAUUGGUGGAUUGAUGAGAAGACAAUUGGACCUGAAGAGUUUGCUUCGAUGGAGAAAAUUGCAGAGACAAUGGUACUACCCAGAGAUUACACCACACUGACAACCAAAAUUGGAAAGGGCUUCAGCUACAUGAAAGCGGACGAGUGGAAAUCAUGGGUUCUGGUUUAUUCUCCUGUCUUGUUGCAUGGUAUUCUCCCUCCAUUACAAUUCAAGAACUGGAUGUAUUUCGUUGAUGCAUGCCGAUACUACGUAAAGCCCAGCAUUACUUUUGAUGAGAUCACCACUGCCCACAGCCUGUUAGAAAAGUUUUGCAAUGCAUGUAACGUAGACUAUACCGCCACUAUUCUCACCUGCAAUAUGCACCUACACCUCCAUCUUCAUGAAUGCAUUCGUGAUUUUGGACCAGUGUAUGGUUAUUGGCUCUUUGGGUUUGAGCGAUACAAUGGUAUUUUAAAGAAUUUCAAGACAAAUGGCAAAGACGGUUUUGAGGCGACCUACAUGAAAAAUUUUGUUCAGAAUGCGUAUAAGGGUGAUUAUGUCAAUGCUGUUCUUAAAAGUUCUAGCCAGAUCCCCUUCAUUCACACUCUGUCUAAACUUGUUACAACCUCCAUACCUGCCGCCACAGUCACCACUCUCUCCAGUCGCCCAUUCAGAUUGCAAACAUUCGUUCAAGGCUACACUGAUCCUUAUAAUCCACCCAAGGGUAACGAGCCUCUUCCUCCUUCUACAUUUCCUCUAAAAUACAAAAAGCCAUCAGUAAUGGAUGAUUCCGACUAUCUCCAUUUACUUGAAUAUUACCAAGUCGUUUACAACCUCCCAGACCUUGCCAGCUAUCAGGACACGUCCUAUAAUCGCCCAGCACUUGACAAUCAAAUCAUCAAAUUGAAGUCAAUUGACAUUCUUGGUCAACACUAUCGAGGAACAAACAACAGCACAAUCAGUCGCGGAUCACUUGUUCAGGCAAAGUUUGUUGGUAGUAAUGGAAACAUUAUACUUGGAUUUGCUGGACAAAUUCAGUAUCUUUUUACACACUCCUUCCAACUUCCACCCACGCACAAUCUCCAUCUGACUCGCAUGGUUCAUGAUCAUCAACAUGUAUUCGCAUUUAUCAAGUGGUUUUGUACUUCCUCUGAUAGGUCGCGUGAGGAUGACGGUGUUGAAUUUUGUUUGCCCACGUUCUCUCCUGAUAGCUACCAUAGCAUUAUACCUGUACAUCGCAUCUUAUUAGAGGUUGCUACAGCUACUAUUGCGACAAGUAGAAAUGUUAGCAAAAUGCUGGUAAUUCCAUUGCCAAAGAAGCUAUAUGCUUAA